GGCACUGAUGACCGCCCCGUGUGUUAUAACCCGACCCGUGUUUUCUUAUUUCGAGUUUCCUCAGCAUCUAAACCCUAACGGCCUGGCUCUCGGCGGCGAACCUAACGGCCUGGCGUGCCGGAGCAUCUCCCAUUACGUAACAGAGUUAAAUUGAAGUUUGAAGAGCAAACUUACACGAGCUGCAAGUGCUAUGAUGAGCUGCAAGUGACAUGAUGAGCUGCAAAGGGGUCAAUUAGUUAUGUACACAACAACAGUCAAGCUCGGAUCUCCACCAAGGGAAUAUACUGUGCUGAUUGAUACUGGAAGCGACCUUCUCUGGGUUAGUUGCAAUCAUUGUGAUAAUUGCCCUCGAUCUAAUGGAGUUGGGUUUAAAUUCAAUUUCUUUGACACGAUAGAUUCAUCCACGGCUGCGAUGAUUUAUUGCUCGGACCGUCUAUGCCCUUUCGGGGUUCAAGGUGUGGAUGUUCGAUGCCUUCCUCCUAUUAAACAGUGCACAUACACCUAUGGGUAUCAAGAUAAUAGUACUACCUCGGGUGUUUAUGUCACUGAUGAAAUGCAUUUUGACAUGAUCCUCGGGCAGCCCUCUCCUUCAAGUGUUAACUCUUCAGCCACUGUCUCUUUUGGGUGUGGUACUCAUCUUGGUGGAGGUUUGAUUGAGACACCAACAGCGUUUGAUGGAAUCUUUGGGUUUGGCCCUGGUCCUCUGUCUAUUGUGUCUCAAUUGUCAGCACGUGAAAUAAUACCGAAUGUUUUUUCUCAUUGCUUGAAAGGAGAUGGCAAUGGGGGAGGCAUUCUAGCUCUUGGUGCGGUUGUGGACCCAAGUAUUGUCUAUAGUCCACUUGCUCCAUCAAAGAGUCAUUAUUACAUGAAUCUUGAGAGCAUUGCUGUCAAUGGACAGCUCCUCUCAAUUGAUCCAGUUGCUUUUUCACCAGCCAAAUAUGGAGACAGGGGAACUACUAUUGACAGUGGUACAUCACUGGCGUAUCUUUUUCCGGAAGUCUAUAAUCCCCUGGUCAAUGCAAUAACUUCUAUGGUGUCACAAUUUAGCCAUCCCUUUGUUUUAGCAGGAAACCCGUGUUAUCUGGUCUCAACCAGUGUCGAUGCGUUUCCUUUAGUCAGUUUUAACUUUGCGGGUGGAGCAUCCAUGGAUGUAAAACCAGCACAAUAUCUUGUGCAGAGUGAUUUCAUGAAUGCUGGGCUGUGGUGCAUAGGUUUCCAGAAAGUGGAAAGUGGACACCAAAUAUUAGGAGAUCUUGUCCUAAAAGAUAAGAUCGUUGUCUACGAUUUGGCUAAUCAGCAAAUAGGAUGGACGAAUUAUAAUUGUUCUAUGCCUGUGAAUGUAAAUGUGACCGUGAGCAAAGACAAGAACAAUAAUCCUAGAGCAAAGCGGUCGAGUUCCAUCAUCAGUUCAGAGUUAGGGAUUUUGUCAAAGUUAUUACCUGUAAUUAUUGUGGCUCUUUUUAUACCAUUUUUGUAAUUUAAUUUCAAUAUUCAAUCUAUGUAAUUUUUAUGUCCAGAUUAAUAUCAUUUAAUACGGUUUAGUUAAAUAUAAUUUUAUAUAGUGUACCACAUGUUAAUUUGCACCGUGGUGGUACUCUGUUAUCUUGUAACAUGUUGAUAAAACAUCACAAUUCUAUUAAGUUGUUA